CGUGAUCGAUGGGGGUGAUGAACUCUGUUGCCCAGUGCUUACGCCGCGCUUCACCUACUGCGAGGCCUAUAAAUACACCACAGAUCACUCCCCCACUCCCCGCAACACACACCAUCGUCUUUCGCUGUUCCGAGAUCAGUCCAUCAGGCCGGCAACUGCGAUUUCAUCCGAUCCUCCUAACAUGGCAGCGAGCAAGGCGUCCCUCGUGCUCUUUCUGGUGGCGCUCACGGUGUCAGGCGCCGUGCUGAGCCUCUCCCCAGGCGCGGGCGCCGCGACGACGUGCACCCCGACGCAGCUGACCCCAUGCGCACCCGCGAUCGUUGGGAACGCGGCGCCGACGGGCGCAUGCUGCGCGAGGCUCAAGGCGCACCCGGCGAGCUGCUUCUGCCGGUACAAGAAGGACCCCAACAUGCAGCGCUACAUCAACUCCCCCAACGGCAAGAAGGUCUUCACCGCCUGCAAGGUUCCCCUGCCCAGGUGCUGAGUGCCUGUGUUCGUUCUCUCUCUCGCACACGUGCACUCAUGCAAGUAGACGGAUGCCAUGGCUUGGUAUUGCUAGCUGCCAUAUGUCGUGUGAUUUGGUACUAAUAAAUGAGUGUUCUGCUUCGAGUUAUUAAUACUUAAGAAUAAAUUAAGACACGGUACUUUAGUACUUGGUAUGGUGUGAGUUCUGCUCUGCAGACUUGAUAUAUCAUGGAUA